AUGAUGCGCGACAUCUCCAACAAUAACCCGUCACAGCCCUCAAAAGCAGUCCCCGGCGUAAACGGCGUCGCUCUGCCCAACGGCACACCCUCCUUGUCGUCCAAGCAUGACCCGCUCAAGAGAACCGUGCUGGGACGCGUCAAUGUUAACAUUGCGCACAAUGCAACCGCAGCCGCUCAGAAGCAGCAGCAGCAUCGGACCACGCGGUCUCAGCUGGCCAAAGCUGUUCCGCAGCCGGCACCGGCGCACGACGUGUUCGAGUACGACGCGGGCAAGACGACAACGACGUCCCUCGGCAAGCGCCUCCGGCUGGACCAGCAGCAUGCACGCGAUCAGACGCUCUCAAAGCGCGCCCGCGCUGAGGCGUCCCAGCAGGCAGCGCGUCAUCUCGAGGAGCAGGACAAGUGGAUCGGCAAGUGGCGCAAAGCUUUCCCCUCCCUCGUCUUCCACUUUGAGCUCGGCGUGGAGGAGGGUGUCGGACGCGGACUCCGGCAGCGCGUGCUAGGCAUGGGAGCUCGCGUAUCGCAUCUCGUGGUGAAGGGGGUCGCGGCGUCGCCGCAGAAGAAGGCGCCGUCACGGCGGCGCGAGGGCCAGAGUGACAAUCCCUUCCUCGAUUCUACGGGAGCAACGGAUCUCGUGACAAAGGCGGAGAAGCUGGGCAUCAAGGUGUGGACGGUGAAGAACAUGCUGAACAAGCUCGCGCCGGUGGACAAUGAGAAGCACGACUCGCUGUCAAACCUGCUCGCGGACGAGAAGCUGAACGGAACGCGCGAGCGUGAUCUCUCUGCCCCGAGACCAGACUACUACUACUUCCGACCGGGGAGCAAGUACCUGCUCGUCGAGGACGCGACUGCGCGACACCGACCGGUCAUGAUUAAGGAGUACACGAAAGAGCUCGAAUGGCCAAUCAUCCACGACCAGUUCCUGCGGUUAACGACGUCGUCGCAGCUGCCACCGAGCGUGGAGCACUCGAAGAACUUGGUGCGCGACCUGCGUGAACGCGCAUGGUCAUUGUACGUCGAGAACACGCCGUUCCGGGGCGAGGAGCCGCCAGUGCCGACGCUGAAGCGAUCCAACUCGCUCCGCGAAAUGCCCGUGACGCCGCUGCCCGAGGAGCUCCCGUACCACGACAAGGCUUCUGGCAACAGUGUCGUCAUUACGUCCAACAUUGCGUCAACGUCGACGGCCAACAUGACCCCCAACGCGUUUGCUCCUGGGGGUGCUCUGGCGCUCGGUGCUAACAAGGACCGCGCCAUCAUGCAAAUGAGCAAGCGCGUGCAGGUGCUGAAGGGCAAUGCGCGCAUGGCCGCGAGUGUGAGUGCAAGCAAGCAUGAGCGAGAGGCGGAGCGUGAGCGCGUGUCCCGCCGACGGUCGACGGGCAUGGAGACACCCGCGCCAGCAGCCACGAAGGAGUUCCUGUCGCAGACGCAGGUCGUGAAUAUGCUCCGGCAGCUGCGCGCGCCGACAACGCAGACGAAACCGUCCUACGAGGAGCGCGUGCGGAAUCGCGAGCACGUUGACGCCGGCUACAAGCGCAAGGACCAGGACACGGCGAGCGGCUACUGCGAGAACUGCCGGGUACGCUACAACGACCUAUCGGUGCACAUUGCCUCGGGCAAGCACCGCCGGUUUGCGAACAAUCCGAAGAAUUUCGCCGACCUCGACGACAUGCUGCAGUGUCUCCAGCGGCCGCCGAAUCCGCUCAUGUGCGUGCCGACGCGGGUGUGUCGCCCCUGCUGGGCGAAGCACGACAAGGACGCGCGCUGCGGCAAAUGUCUCGACGACGAGGCGCUCUUUUCGUCCCCGAAGAGCACGCCGGGGAGUACGAGGAAGAGGCAUUACGCUUUCGCAGAGGGGUACGCGACGUCAGAGGGCAGCCCGAGCCGGGCGUGA